UCUAAAUAUUCUAAUUCAGAUCAACAUAGGUGUCUCUGAAGCAAUACUUAAUCACUGAACAAUACUUAAUGCUCGAAUUGAAUUGUUGUUUUUUUUCCUGCAUUCUGUUGGGAAAUCUGUUUCAUCAAAACCACUCAUGCAAAAGGAAUUCUCUGUAAAUCAUAAAUGUUUUAUCUUAUAAAAUGUGUUCAAAAAUGAACUUCAUUCCAUGAUGCAAGAUCCAAAGAUUCUAAACCAGCUUCAAACGAAAGUUCCAAGUAGAUGCUUAGAUUGUCACUGAUUUAAGAUGUGAAAUUGCUUUCUUUGUGAAGGUAAACUAAACCAAGAGCUAAAGAGAAGAGAAAUUUCAUUUGAAAUAGCACCCAUGGAAAGGUUUAGUUCUAAAAAGUACACAUAAUCACAGUCAAUGAUUUGCAACAGAGUGACUUUGAGUUAACCUCAGUACUUAGGUGUCAGUCUCUUUGAGGCUUUGGUAAAAAAAAUUAAUUAUUUACAUCUUCAGCAUUAUCAUGGUAGUAACUAAUGUUAUUAUUUUUUUCUCAAAGUCACUGCUGGGAUCGUGUCACUCAAGCAGUAUGGAGAAAGUAUCCUAAUGAUCUCAAUCCUAAUGUGAAAACUAUGGAUGUUCUGGAGAGACAUGUUGAUGAACAAGGACAAUUACACACUACUAGACUUGUAGGCACUGAGGGAUUUUUACCUUCAUGGGUUUGUAACAUGAUUGGAGUUGAUAACCUCUGUUAUGCCUAUGAACACUCUGUUGUUGAUCCAGUUAAAAAGACAAUGACAAUGACUAGUAGGAAUGUAACACUGUCAGGCUGGGCGGAUGUAGACGAGACAGUAACUUAUACUCAAGACCAAGAAGUUAACAAGUGAGUCAAAGAGGAAUGUAUUUUUUCGCCUUGAAGUAAUCUUUAUAAUAUCCUCUUGGGUUCCUUUGAAGAAUUUCAGUUUCCCUUCAGCAUUUAUCAUCAUCAUUCUUAUCAUUGAGGGUCAUCCUAGAGGAUAAGCCUAUUUUCAAGGAAGAGCUAUUAAUGAAUAGUACUGCUCAAUUCAAUCAGUGAAAGGUUUGGUUUAAUUUAUUCUAUUAAUUUUAAUUUUCUAGAACCAGACUUACACAAGAUGCUGUAAUCAAGGUUUUUGGAGUUAGUUUCAAAGACUAUUGUGAAAGUCUUAUCAAGAAUACAAUGGCCAGUAAUGCAUCAAAGGUAUGGAUAACUAAUCAAAAGUAAAUAUUCCUUAAAUAUAUUUGUAAUGAUUGUUAAAAAUAAUAUUUACUGGUAUGUUUUAAUGUGUGAUACAAGAAUUUAAUUUUUUUCUUCAGGGAAGAGAAGCUAUGGAGAUGGUUAUAACAAAAAUUAACAAAGAGGUUCAAGACUUGGCUGCUAACAUUGAACAAGCUACAAGUAGGCUCAAUGCAGAGUUUGAGCAAGCAACAAGCAGAUUAAACUCAGAACUUGAACAAGCAAAACAAGGACUUGAACAAGCUACCAUAUUUCCACAGGCCUUUUGUGAGUGUUCCUCGUCAUCUACUACUUCUAGCUGAUUAAAGUGUGUCACUAAGAUUUGAAUUAUUGAUGGUGGUCAGCUCCAUUCAUGGGAAGAAAUGUGGAGUGAAGUAUCAGGCCAAGACUAUUCAAAGGAGGAAACAGAAAUGUAAGGAAUACAGUAUGCUGUUUGGAGGGUGUCAUACAGAUGAAAAUAGCUGUCUGUGGCAUGUACAUCGAAGGCCUCUUUGAAGGAGACUCAAACAACAGAAUCUUGUUCUGCCAUAAGUUGAAAAUAAUUAAGUGAAGUUAUGAAUAUUGACCAUGCGUCAAACUGUGUUAGUGUUCUGUGAUAUCAGAGCAACAUUGCUUAAAUUUAUUUAAUACAGGUAUUUCAUUAACCGGAUAAUUUGGUUACAUUAACCAAGUUGAUAAUGUAUUGAAUCUGUCUGGUCUGGAACUUCUUUUUCUUGCUCUUUAUGGAUUCCUGUACUAAUUGUAUGUAAUGAAUGGAGAGCCUAAACCGCUUUGCUAUGGGUAUUAUCUGGACUUCUUUCUCUUCUUCAGGGUACUUCUUCCCCAUUUUGAAGAAAAUAAUUGUCACUCUACAACUCUGAGUUGUUCCCUCAGCCGGCUGACAUUAUGAACAAAAACCCUGUCAAGACAUCUCUUUAAUGUUAAUUCAUCUUGCAUAGAUUAAAAUGGUACUUUAUGAGGCCUAGCAACUAUAGUGUCUGUGUUUUAGCAUUUUUGAUUGAUGCAUUAUUUUGUUUCUAAAUGUCUUCAAAACAUCAUGAUGCAUUACAUCACCCCCCUGGCAAAGAAUGUUGUUAAGUAAUAAAGGAAAUGUGCUUGUUGUUGUAGGAUACAUACAGAGCAGCUUUUCUAUCAACACUAACAAUGAAGUUGUCUGAAAUAGUUAUCAUGAUAAAAUUUAUAUUGAAAUCUCUAGUUGGGAAUAAAAAUUUUUAAUUGAAGAAGCUGCACAAUAACUGCAUCAAGGAAUGUGGUAGGAAUCACAUGUGGGUGUAAACCUUGUAAUUGUAGAGCUGUCAUGAUUUGAUCCUCCCUUGCAGACAUCUAAAUGUUGGGGUGGGGGAGCUUGUGACAGGCAUGACUUGUGGUCAAAAAAACUUUAAAAACUUUGCCGAUGGGCUCCAAACUAGUAAACAGCCUUGACAAGCAUAUAGGCCAUAGAGACAGAGGAGGUUUAGCUGCCAACCAGGA